AACGAAAUACAAUAAAUGCUAAAAAGAAAAAUGAUUUCAGUAAUCCGACAUGGAUUUGGAUGUGGACGAGGAAGUUUGUCAUGUCUUUCUAAAACAUGUUCAGGAACACAGAUGGUAGCAGUCCGCUGUCCAGCCUUGUUACAGCGGAAUACUAGCCAUAGAAAAUCUAUCUCUUUACAAAUGAUGAGCACUUCAGUAUCUAGAACAGAUGUAACACCUUCAAGUAUACUCUUAUUAAUUGUUCCAAUAUCAACUUUUUGCUUGGGCACAUGGCAGUAUCAGCGGAGGAAAUGGAAGCUAAGUUUGAUUGCUGAACUACAGGAGAAGACCCUGACUCCACCUAUUGAUCUUCCUCAAGAGUAA